AUGUUCCGGACUCCCAGCAUCAUCCGCCACCAUUCCAUUACUCUACGCGCAUCGUUGUCCAACAAAUCAGUCGGCUUUCCAUCUGGCUGGGGUUGUUUGUACUGGUGGACACCCCCCAGUGGCAAGACAGCCGACGGCGAAAUCCGUUACCGCACUAUCUCUUCCAUUGCAAGCGAUCCGAGGGUUUGGAGCGACGAGGCUAUUCGCGACAGCUUCCAGCGAUCUGAGGAUUUCCGCGUGAACCGCAAGACCCCGUGGAGCUCAGAUCUCUUCGGCAGAGUCAUGCAGAGAUUGGGGUACGCCGAUGGGAUAGUUACUAGGACGGUUCUUUCUCCAGUCCUGUCCGAAAAGUUUGCCGAGCGAUAUAUGGAGCGGCGUCGCGUGCAAGCGAUCCGAGAUUCUUCGCUGGCGGAGGUGCACAGAUUCCCCUCUGUCAGACACGACAGUAUCCUUCCCCAACUCGAUCAGUUCGACAUUCGGGACCACGAACAGGAUGCGAUCCGAGCGGCCCUAAAUGACACGACGCCCGUACGGGUUUACAGCGACGGUGCAGUGCACAAUUCACUGUGGACGGGCGCAGCGGCAGUGCUGGUUCGCACAGACGGAGGCACCCCAGAACCCCAACUCAAGAGCCGGCGCAUUCACCUCGGCAAGAUGCCCCCAUUCCCGUACAAUAUCCACGAUGCGGAGGUCGUCGGCCUAGGUGUCGCACUCUGGCUCGCAGCUCAGGAGGAGCGCCUUGACCGAGUGUCGAUAUACGCGGACAGCCGGCUCGCUCUGUGCGCAGUACGCUUGUCCGCCGCCAAGCCAGGACAGUGGCGGAUGCCUGACUUCGUUCUCGCACGUUACGAUCUCCUAAUGCGCCGCCAUCCUCAAGCGAAGGUGACCUUCCGAUGGGUCCCUAGUCACGUCGGCGUCGAGGGCAACGAGAUGGCGGACGACCUCGCGGGGGAGGCGGCCGUGCCUCCCAAGGAACCAUAA